AUGGCGGAGGAAGCGGCUGUGGCAGUCUGCGUGCGAGUUCGGCCGCUCAGCAGCAGAGAAGAAGAACUUGGAGAAGCUACCCAAGUUUACUGGAAAACUGACAAUAAUGCUAUUUAUCAAGUUGAUGGGAGUAAAUCCUUCAAUUUUGAUCGUGUCUUUAAUAGUAGUGAAACUACAAAGAAUGUCUAUGAAGAAAUAGCAGUACCAAUCAUCAAUUCUGCUAUACAAGGCUACAAUGGCACUAUAUUGCCUAUGGGCAGACGGCUUCAGGAAAAAACACAUACUAUGAUGGGUUCAGAAGAUUGUUUGGGAGUUAUACCCAGGGCAAUUCAUGACAUUUUCCAAAAAAUUAAGAAGUUUCCUGAUAGAGAAUUUCUCUUACGGGUGUCUUACAUGGAGAUAUACAAUGAAACCAUCACAGAUUUACUCUGUAACACAAAAAUGAAACCUUUAAUAAUUCGGGAAGACAUCAAUAGGAAUGUAUAUGUUGCUGAUCUCACAGAAGAAGUGGUUUAUACAUCAGAAAUGGCUUUGCAGUGGAUCACAAAGGGAGAAAAGAACAGACAUUAUGAUAACAAAAUGAAUCAAAGAAGUAGUCGUUCUCAUACCAUUUUCAGGAUGAUUUUGGAAAGCAGAGAGAAGGGUGAACCUUCUAAUUGUGAAGGAUCUAUCAAGGUAUCCCAUUUGAAUUUGGUUGAUCUUGCAGGCAGUGAAAGAGCUGCUCAAACAGGAGCUGAAGGUGUGCGACUCAAAGAAGGCUGUAAUAUAAAUCGAAGCUUAUUUAUUCUGGGACAAGUAAUCAAGAAACUUAGUGAUGGCCAAAUUGGUGGUUUCAUAAAUUAUCGAGAUAGCAAAUUAACACGAAUUCUUCAGAACUCUUUGGGAGGAAAUGCAAAAACACGUAUUAUCUGCACAAUUACUCCAGUAUCUUUUGAUGAAACCCUUACUACUCUCCAGUUUGCUAGCACUGCUAAAUACAUGAAGAAUACUCCUUAUGUUAAUGAGGUAUCAAGUGAUGAAGCUCUCCUAAAGAGAUAUAGAAAGGAAAUAGUGGAUCUUAAAAAACAGUUAGAGGAGGUAAAUAUAAAGACUCGGGCCCAAGAAAUGGAAAAAGACCAAUUGGCCCAACUUUUGGAUGAAAAAGAUUUACUUCAAAAAGUACAGGAUGAAAAAAUUCAAAACUUAACACGAAUGCUAGUGACUUCUUCUUCUCUCACAUCACAACAGGAAUUAAAGGCUAAAAGAAAACGUAGAGUUACCUGGUGCUUUGGCAAAAUUAACAAAAUGAAGGACUCAAACUAUGUAAAUGAAUUUAAUAUGCCAGCAAAUGUAACAAGAAGAACACACAAGAGUACUGUCACUAUGUUAGGAGAAAUUGAUGAAUCUUUCUGUUUAGAGUCUGAUGUCUUCAGUAAUACUCUUGAUUCAUUAACUGAGGUAGAGUGGAAUUCAGCAACAAAGCUACUAAGUCAGGAAAACUUAGAAAGUGAAUUGAACUCACUCCGUGCUAAAUAUGAUAAUCUGGUAUUAGACUAUGAACAACUGAGAAGAGAAAAUGAAGAAAUGGGAUUGAAAUUAAAAGAGAAAAAUGAUUUGGAUGAAUUUGAGGCUCUAGAAAGAAAAGCUGAGAAAGAUCAAGAGAUGCAACUAAUUCAUGAAAUUUCCAACUUAAAGAAUUUAGUUAAGCAUGCAGAGGUGUAUAAUCAAGAUCUUGAGAAUGAACUAAAUUCAAAAGUAGAGCUGCUUAAAGAAAAAGAAGACCAGAUUAAGAAUCUACAGAAAUACAUAGACACUCAGAAGUCAGAAAAUAUAAAAAUGGAUUUGUCAUACUCAUCGGAAAACACUGAAGAUCUAAAACAAAUGAAACAGACUUUGUUUGAUGCUGAAACCGUAGCUCUUGAUGCCAAAAAAGAAUCGGCCUUUCUUAGAAGUGAAAAUCUGGAGCUGAAAGAGAAAAUGAAAGAACUUGCAAGCACUUGCAAGCAAAUGGAAAAUGACAUUCAGUUGUAUCAAAGCCAGUUGGAAGCAAAAAAGAAGAUGCAAGUUGACCUGGACAAAGAAUUACAAUCUGCUUUUAAUGAAAUAACAAAACUUACCUCCCUUAUAGAUGGCAAAGUUCCAAAAGAUUUGCUCUGCAAUUUAGAAUUGGAAAGAAGGAUUACUGAUCUACAGAAAGAACUGAAUAAAGAAACUAAAGAGAAUGAAGCUCUUCAGAAAGAAGUGAAUUUGCUGUCAGAAUUGAAAUCUUUACCCCCUGAAGUGGAAAUGCUGAGGAAAGAGAUCCAUGAAAAAUCUAAAGAACUCUAUAUAAUAACAUCAGAAAAAGAUAAAUUGUUUUCUGAAGUAGCUCAUAAGGAGAAUAGAAUUCAAGGUUUACUGGAAGAAAUUGGAAAAACUAAAGAUGACCUAGCAACUACCCAGUUGAAUUAUGAAAGCACUAAUCAAGAAUUUCAGGAUUUAAAAACCCUCCAUAUGGAAUGUGAACAAAAAUAUAAAAUGGUCCUUGAGGAGAAUGAGAGAAUGAAUCUCAAAAUGGGAAAUCUUUCUAAAGAAGCAGAAAAUUUUGGUUUAAGUUUGGAUGCCUUGAAGACUGAGCUUUCUCACAAAACUCAAGAACUUCAGCAAAAAACAACUGAGGGUCAAGAAAGGUUAAAUGAAAUGGAACAACUGAAGGAACAAUUAGAAAGUAGAGAUUCCAGACUGCAAGCUGUAGAAAAGGAGACAACACUGAUUACUGAGAAACUUCAGAAAACCUUAGAAGAAAUGAAAAUCUUAACCCAAGAAAAGGAUGACCUAAAACACCUCCAAGAGAGCCUGCAAAUUGAGAGAGACCAACUCAAAAGUGACAUUCAAGACACUGUAAACAUGAACAUAGACACUCAAGAACAAUUACGAAAUGCUCUCAAGUCUUUGAAACAACACCAAGAAACAAUUAAUACACUAAAAAUGAAAAUGUCUGAGGAAAUGUGUAGGAAUUCACAUGUAGAAGAAAACCUAGGAGAAACAAAAGAUGAAUUUCAGCAAAAGGUAGGAGACAUAGAUAAGAAACAGAAUUUGGAAGCUAAAACAAUCCAGGAGUUAACUGCAGAUGUUAAGAAUAAUGAGGUGACUGAGCAACAGAAAAAAAUCUAUUCUUUAAUACAGGAGAAAAAUGAACUCCAACAAAUGUUGGAAAAUAUUACAGCAGAAAAGGAACAACUAAAGACUGACCUAAAGGAAAAUAUUGAAAUGACCAUUGAAAACCAGGAAGAAUUAAGAAUUCUUGGAGAUGAACUUAAAAGGCAACAAGAGAUAGCUACAAAAGAAAAGAACCAUGCCAUAAAGAAAGAUGAAGAGCUUUCUAAAACCUGUGAGAGACUGGCAGAAGUUGAAGAAAAUCUAAAGGAAAAGAGCCAGCAACUCCAAGAAAAACAGCAGCAACUUCUUAGUGUACAAGGAGAGAUGAGUGAGAUGCAAAAAAAGAUAAUUGAAAUGGAGAAUUUAAAGAAUGAAUUAAAGAACCAAGAACUAACAUUGGAACGCAUGGAAAUAGAGAAACUUGAGUUGACUCAGAAACUUCAUGAAAAUUAUGAGGAAAUGAAAUCUAUAACCAAAGAUAGAAAUACUCUAAAGGAAUUAUGGGAGUCAAUUGAAAUAGAAAGAGACCAACUUAAAGAACAUAUAAGAGAAAUUGAAGCUACAGGCUUACAAACAAAAGAAGAAUUAAGCAUUGCUCACAUGCAUCUAAAAGAACACCAACAAACUAUUGAUGACUUAAGAAGAAGUAUUUCUGAGAAGGAAGCUCAAGUUAUAAAUAUUCCAGAAAACUUAGAAAAGUCCAAUAUUAAUGUACAACAAAAGAUCCCAGUGUGUCAUGUGGAACAAGAACUUCUCAACAUGAAAGAAGUCAGCGACAUUCAGGAAACAGUAAAUGAACUGGAGCUGUUUGAAGAACAGUUCAAAACCACAGAUUCAGCAUCACCAGAAAGCACAGAAAUGGAAAGGCUCAGACUGACUGACAAACUUAAAGAAAGUCAGGAGGAAGUAAAAUCUCUAACUAAGGAAAGAAAUGACCUUAUGACAAAAGAAGCACUUCAACUUGAGUGUGACCAACUGAAAAAAGAUAUUACAGAAACUUUGGCUAAAAGUCAAGAGUCUCACAACAAACAAAAACAAUCCUUCAAUAUGGAAGAAAAAGACAGGGAGACUACUAAAAUAAUGAGUGAGAUGGAGCAAUUGAAGGAGCUCUUCAAAGCUAAAGAUUUAGCAUUGCAAAGAGUAGAAAUGGAAAAACUCAAGUUGUCUGAGAGACUUGAAGAAAGUCAUGAUAAAAUAAUGUCCUUAGCAAAGGACAGAGAUGACCUACAGAAGCUGCAAGAAGUUCUUCAGUCAGAGCACAACCAGCUCACAGAACACGUCAGAGAAAUCCUAGCUAAACACCAGGAAACAGAAGAGGAACUUAAAAUUGCUCAUUGUUGCCUGAAGGAACAAAAGGAAACUACUGACAUGCUGAGAGUAAGUCUCUCGGAGAGGGAAGCUGAAAUAUUAAGCAUUCAGAAGGAAUUAGAAGCAACCAGUGAUGAAUUACAAAAAAAGAUUCAAGAGCUUUAUGAGAAACAGGAACAACUCGUUAAUAUAAAAGAAAGUAGCGAAACUCAGGAAAAAAUGAAUGAACAAGAACAAUUCAAGGAGCUUCUCAAAGUCAAAGAGUCAAUGCUACAAAGUAUAGAAAGUGACAGGCUCAAGUUAAAUAGGAGACUUGAAGAAAGUCAAGAAGAAAUAAAAAUUAUAAUUCAGGAAAGAGAUGAACUGAAAAGAGUACAGGAAGUCCUUCAAAUGGAGAGAGACCAAAUGAAAGAAGACAUUAAAGAAAAUGUAGCUAAACUUCAAGAACUUAAGGAAAAAGAAAAUGAAUAUCUCCAGAUGAAAGCUGUUGCUGAGACUCAGAAAAAAAUGUAUGAAAUGGAACAUUCAAAAGAGCAAUAUGAGGCUCAGAAGUCAGUUCUGGAAAAUUUAGAAAUGGAGAAUGUAAAGUUGACUCAGAGACUCCACGAAAACCUUGAAGAAAUUAAAUCUGUAACAAAAGAAAGAGAUGCCCUUAGAAGUAUGAAGGAGACUCUCAAAGUAGAGAGAGACCAGCUCGAGAAAACCCUAAAAGAAACCACGUCUAGAGACUUGGAAAAACAAGAGGAACUAAGAAUUGUUCACAUUGAUCUGAAAGAGCACCAAGAAACUAUUAAUAAACUCCAAAGAACUGUUUCUGAAAAAACUGAUGAAAUAUCAAAUAUGCAAAUGGACUUAGAAAAUGCAAAUGCUGCCAUAAAAGCACAGAUCCAAGAACUUCAGGAGAAAGAACAUCAACUUCUUAAUGUAAAAAAUGACCUCAAGGAAACUAUGGAUGAAACAGAGCUACUGAAGAAGCAACUAGAAGCUCAGAAUUCAGCUCUGGAGAAUAUAGAAAUGGAGAAGUUAAAGUUGACUCAGAAACUUAAUGAAAGCCUUGAAAAACUAAAAUUUUUUACUGAGGAAAAUGAUGGCCUAAGAAUUGUGGAGGAAACUCUCAAAAUGGAACAGGAGCAGCUGAGGGAAAGCCUUAGAGAAACAGAAGCAAAAGAUCUGAAAAAGCAAGAAGAACUAAGAAUUGCUUACAUGGAUCUGAAAGAGCACCAAGAAACUAUUGCUAAACUCAGAGGGAUUGUUUCUGAGAAGACAGAUGAAAUGGCAAACUUGAAAAUAGAUGUAGAAAAUUCAAAUGCCAGAUUACAAGAGAAGAUUCAAGAACUUAAGGCAAAUGAACAGCAACUUUUUAAAUUAAAAGAAGAUGUCAGUGAGACACAGAAACAACUGAAGGAUCAAGGUUUAACUCUGGGUAAAAUAGAAAUGGACAAUUUAAAUUUGGCUCAGAAACUUCAAAACCUCGAAGAAAUGAAAUCUGUAAUGAAAGAAAGAGAUAAUAUAAGAAGAACAGAGGAGAUGCUCAAGCUGGAGAGAGAUCAACUCAAGGAAAACCUGCGGGACACCAUAGCUAGAGAUCUGGAGACACAACAGGAACUAAAACUUGCCCAUAUGCAUUUGAAAGAACAACAGGAAACUAGAAAACUCAGAGAGAAAGUUUCAGAAAAGACAACUCAAAUUACAAAUAUUCAAAAGGAUUUAGAUAAAUCAAAAGAUGAACUACAAAAAAAGAUCCAAGAACUUCAGAAAAAAGAGCUUCAACUUCUUAAAGUGAAAGAAGAUGUCAAUGAAAGUAACAAAAAAAUAAAUGAAAUGGAACAUUUGAAGAGGCAAAUUGAGGCCCAAAAUAUAUUUGUGCAAAGUAUGGAUAUGGAUAACUUGCAUUUGACCAAGAAACUUCAUGAAAAUCUUGAAGAAAUAAGAACUGUAACUAAGGAAAGCAAUGAGCUAAGGAGGAAAAAGAAAUCCCUCAAAAUGGAAAGAGACCAAUUCAGAGAAAUCAUAAGAAAAAUGAUAGCUAGAGACCAUCAGAAUCACAAAGAGGUCAUAAAAUAUGAAAGAAGGUUACUGUGUGAUGGAGAAGAGUACCGUACAGAAAGCCUGAGAGAAAAGUGCUUCAGGAUAAAAGAGCUUCUGCAGAGAUACUCAGAGAUGGAUAAUCAUUAUGAGUGCUUGAAUAGAUUGUCUUUUGACUUGGAGAAGGAAAUCGAAACCCGAAAAGAGCUUUCAAUUAGAGUGAAAGCAAACCUCUCACUUACAUACCCACAAACCAAACAGAUUCAAAAACUUCUUACUGCAAACCAGAGAUGUUCCAUGGAAUUCCAUAGAGUCAUGAAGAAACUGAAGUAUGUAUUAAGCCACAUUACAAAGAUAAAAGAAGAACAACAUGAUUCCAUCAAUAAAUUUGAAAUGGCUUUUAUUGAUGAAGUGGAAAAGCAAAAUGAACUCCAGAUUAAAAUACAACACCCUCAACAGGAUUAUGUCAUACCAUCCGAAGAAUUAAGGUACUUCAAACUGAAACAGAGUUUGGAUCUACAUAUUGAGGAAAUUCUCAAUGAUGUCUCAGAAAAUGACUUUCUCAGCAUAAAGACUGAAUUACAACAAGUACUAAGUAACUGGAAAGAAAUGACUCAGUUUUUGGAAAAGUGGUUAAAUACUCCUUUUGAUAUUGAAGAACUUAAAAAUGGCAUCCAGAAAGAAAAUGAGAGCAUUUGUCAAGUGAAUAAUUUCUACAAUAACAAAAUAACUGCUAUUAUAAAUGAAUCAACAGAGUUUGAGGAAAGAAGUGCAACCCGAUCCAAAGAAUGGGAACAUGACCUGAAAUCAAUGAGAGAGAAAAAUAAACUAUUUAAAGACUACCAAACUUUGACAGUUUCCCUAGCAUCUGGUGCCCAUGUUAAUCCUACUGCACAAGACAAUAAGAAUCCUCAUGUUACAACAAGAGCUGUACAACUAACAGAGAAAAUUCAGGAACUGGAAACUUCUUUGCAUGAAGCUAAAGAAAGUACUAUACAUAAAGAAGGCAAGAUAAUAAAGAUGCAGAAAGAGCUUGAAAUGAGUAAUAACAUAAUAGCAAAACUUCAAGCCAAAGUUAAUGAAUCAAAUAAAUGCCUUGAGAAAACAAAAGAAAUGAUGCAAGUACUUCAGGACAAAGUCACUUUAGGAGCUCAGCCCUAUAAAGAAGAAAUUGAAGAUCUCAAAACAAAGCUGGUGAAAAUAGACUUAGAGAAGAUGAAAAAUGCCAAGGAAUUUGAGAAGGAAAUUCAUUCUACAAAAGCCACUAUAGACUAUCAAAAAGAAGUGAUAAGAGUAUUGAGAGAAAAUCUGAGAAGAAAUCAACAGGCCCAAGAUACCUCAAUAAUAUCAGAACCUACUGAUUCUCAGCCUUCAAAUAAGCCCAUAACCUGUGGUGGUGGCAGUGGCAUCAUACAAAGCACAAAAGCACUUAUAUUGAAAAGUGAAUACAGAAGGCUAGAAGAGGAAAAUUCUAAAUUAAAGCAGCAAAAUGAGCAACUAAUAAAGCAAAAGCAUGACCUGCUGAGCAAUAAUCAGCGUCUUUCCAAUGAGGUCAAAACUUGGAAGGAAAGAACCCUUAAAAGAGAGACUUACAAAGAAGUAACUUAUGAGAAUUCUCCAAAAUCUCCCAAAGUGACUGGAACAGAUUCUAAAAAGAGACAAAGUACACCCUCUCAUUGCAAGGAACGGAAUGUCCAAGAUCCUGUACCAAAAGAAUCACCAAAAUCUUGGUUUUUUGAUAACCGAUCCAAGUCUUUACCAGUACCUCAUCCAGUUCGCUAUUUUGAUAACUCAAGUCUAGGCCUUUGCCCAGAGGAACAAACUGUAGGAGCAGAGUGUGUGGAUCCUAAGCCAGGCCCUUGGCACACUUCAGGAAAAGAUGCACCCGAGUGCAAAACUCAGUAGGCUCCCCUCUGUCACUUUUCUGGAGGCCUUGUGUUCCACAUUUGGAAAUGACGUUGUUACUAUGUGUGUCUAACCAUGGCAGUGAUACCAUAAUCCAGCUUAACUUCAGUUUACCACUAGAAUUGGAAGAUAAAGGAACAAGACAUUAAUUUAUUCCAGUAAUUUAGAUGAUGACAGCAAUACCUUCUUCUUGCAUGUGGAAACAAAACAUUUGACUGUUUUAUUUAUUUAUAUAUAUAUUGAAAAGAAUAAAAUUAUUGAAGGAAACUUCCUAUCUCUUCAUGUACACAUAAAAAAUGUAUAUAUUUCUAUUAAUGUAUAGUUAUUCACUUAUGACUUUGUAAGUUAACAUGAAACAUCAUUUAUUAACAAUUAUAAACUUGUUUAUCUAAUACCUUGAACAUUCAAUAAAUGUUUAGUAGU